GCGGCAACUCUCGCGAGACUGAGCGGUGACGGGGGCUGGGAGCAAGAUGGCGGCGGAGAGCGACCUGGGCAAGAAGUGGGACCGCUGCCUGGCCGACUCGGCCGUCAAGCUGGGUGCUGGUUUUGGUUUAGGAAUUGUUUUCUCAGUUACCUUCUUCAAAAGAAAGACGUGGCCUAUUGCUUUUGGGUCAGGAUUGGGAUUAGGAAUGGCUUAUUCCAAUUGUCAACAUGACUUCCAAUCUCCAUAUCUUCUCCAUGGCAAAUUUGUAAAAGAACAGUGACUAAUAUCCCAGUGGGAGGAAAGGAGAAAUCAUGGUUAUUCCUCAGGAAUAUUGAAGUGCCCCUGGAAUAAGCCACCGUUCUUCUGACACACUGCUACCAGUAACUCUUUAUACUCCAACAAACUGUAUUUGUUUCUGUAUUUGAAACAAUGCUCUGUCUCUUGUUUUGUAUUUUUUUUUGUCUGGAAGGUGCAAGAAGGAGCUCUUCUGAGAAAUAAAUAACUAAAAUAAA